GAUGCAAUUGAAGGCUUGUUCCUAGAUAUGUCUAAAAUCGGAGAAAUUCAUCUAAGCUCCGAAACCUUCAAAAAUAUGCAUAAUCUUAGGCUUCUGAAAUUCUAUGGAUCUUAUCAUCCUUUUGGGUACUUCGCAAAUAAACCUAAACUGUAUUUUAACCAAGGAUUAGAAUAUCUAUCUGAUGAAUUGAGAUACCUCUUUUGGGCUGGAUAUCCUUUGAAGACGUUGCCAUUGAGAUUUAGUCCGGAGAAACUUUUUGAAAUUAGCCUGCCAUUCAGCAACAUUGAAAAACUCUGGACAGGAACUAAGCCUGCUUUCAAGUUAAAAUCGAUUGAGCUUUAUUACUCUCAGCACUUGAUUGAGAUCCCGGAUGUCUCAGAGGCCCCAAAUAUAGAGAUAAUAAACCUUGCAGGUUGCACAAACUUGGUUGAGGUUCCAUCAUCUAUCCAAUAUCUCAAUGACCUUCGUAUCCUGAAACUAAAUGGCUGUAAAAGCCUUAGGAACUUUCCAAGCAACAUUCAUUUUAAAUCACUUGUAACUCUUGACCUAGCCUCCUGCAUCAACAUCACAGAGUUUCCGCAGAUUUCAGGGAAUUUAAGAGAUUUAGAACUUGGUGGAACUUCCAUAGAAGAAGUUCCCUCAUCCAUCGCUUGUCUAACUGAGCUUUGUUUAUUAUCUUUGACACGAUGCUCAAAACUCAAGAGUAUUUCAACUAGUAUUUGUAAAUUGAAAUCUCUUCAAAAACUUAGCCUUUCUAUGUGCGCUAAACUUGAGAGUUUCCCAGAAAUUUUGGAAAAGAUGGAAUGUUUAGAGUUUCUUUGGUUGAAUGGAGCAACAGAAAUUAAAGAGCUACCAUCUUCAAUUGAAAAUUUAAAUGGCCUUCAGGUUUUGGAAUUGGCGGAUUGCAAAAAUCUUGAGACCAUUCCAAGCAGCAUCAAGAAAUUAACAUCUCUGGCGAUUUUGGAUCUCUCUGGCUGCACAAAACUGGGCAAAUUGCCGGAGUUGUCAGCUUUAUGUUCCUUGAAAGACUUGGAUUUAUCUUUCUGCAAUUUGACUAAAAUUCCGGAAGAAAUCUGUUGUAUAUCCUCAUUGGAUACAUUAACUCUGGACGGAAACAAUUUUGAGAGCCUGCCUUCAAGAAUCAAACAACUAUCAAGGCUGACAUUUCUUUCCUUAAACAAUUGCAGUAUGCUUAAAUCUGUACCAGAGCUUCCAUCUUGUUUAAGAGAACUAAAUGCAUUGCACUGCAAGUGGCUUUAAUCUUUACCAGAGCUUCCACCAUGUUUAGAAGAACUAUACGCAGUGAACUGCAAGUGGCUACAAUCAUUACCCAAGCUUCCACCAACUCUAGAAGAAUUGGAUGCAUCCGAAUUGGAGAUGGUAUCCGAACACAAUGUCUCAUUUGUUGGAAGCUAUGGUGAGUUACAAGUAUGGAUUCUUAACACAAAUGAGGAAGAAGGAAAAAAAGCUAACUUCAAAGCUUUUAUUUCUAUAUAUUCACUUCAUAAAUCCACACA